AUGCCCCUGGUACGUCACGACACGUUCACGAAGCUGCUUCGAACGCGAAGUCGUACACGAACGCAUGCACCGACAGACAUGUCGUUACCGAGUGGCCACGAGCACGAGAUCAUCGGAUAUGUGGAGCCAUGGAUUGCCUCGCCUGGAGAGAGCGUCGCAGUGUCCAGCACCGAUCAAGAGUACCGUUGCUCCCUCGUUCGACUGGUGCGCGGUCUCACGCUGAAACACGCGCCGCCACGCUACAGCGAAGUCAUCAUCGCCGAGGAAGACUCUCGCGUGCAGCAGCAGCACGGCAGCUACAAGCGUGCUGCUGCGGGGUCCUAUGCGCUUGUCCGCUCAUGGCCGCCCGCGGGUGCUCUUGCUGGUGUUCAGUUCAGCUUCUACCUGCAGCCUUGGCUCGUGGACGUGGACGGUGGACAUGAGCAGACGCUGGUGUCAACGCUUGAUGUCUGCUCCCGCGCCGGCUUUGCCCUCAUUCUCUCCAAGCGAGGCACCAUAUCUUCCAUCGUUGGCGACGGAAGAAGUCUCGAACGACACGACCUCGACGUCAAGCCAAGACGAUGGCGCUGGCUGCAUAUCGAAGUCACCAUCCACGACUGCCAUCUCAGCAUACACGCCACACACGUGCCUCGCCUCUCGGAGCCGGCGCCCGCUGCCUUCCGCAAGACAAUUUCACUCAGUCGCCAUGCCAUACUCGCCGGACGAUCGCCUCUCACGCUGGCCGCUGGCUUCUUCGAUCCCCAUCUCAACGCAUCGUCAACACACCGCAACUGCUUCAAUGGCAAAGUGGACAACUUCCGCAUCGACGUAGCCGCCGAAUCUCCAGGCAAAUAUCGAGCGUGGGCCAAGUAUGACUUCUCCCAGCACAUACCCACCGAUCGCAUCAUAGACACAUCAGGCCUGCAGCAUCACGGCCUUCUCGUCAACGCGCCAGCCCGAGGCGUCAAAGGCCACGACUGGGACGGAAGCGAGUCCGACUGGACCAAAGCUGAAUAUGGCUAUGGCGCCAUACAUUUCCACGAAGAUGACUUGGACGAUGCCGCGUGGGACACCGACUUCGUUGUACAAAUCCCCGACCAUGUCGUGUCCGGAGCAUAUGCGGUACUGGUGAGAGGUGUCAACACCAACGUCGAGGAUGCCAUAACCUUCUUCGUCACCCCUUCUGAGCGUAGCACGAAGCCCAAAGUCGCCAUGGUCAUGCCGACGUUCACGUAUCUCGCGUAUGCCAACGAGCGAAUGCAUGACCAAUCUCUAGCCUCACGAAUGGAACUCGCGGGAGGCGUCGACAUCUUCGAGACUGAGCAUUAUCGUCGCAUGGUCCGAAGAACUGAUCUCGGCCUCAGCACUUACGACGUCCACAAAGAUGGCUCCGCCAACGUCUUCUCCUCGGCAAAGAGGCCGAUCCUGAAUAUGAGACCAGACUACGUCCACUGGGCAUUCCAUCGACCUCGCGAGUUCAGCGCCGACCUACUAAUGCUCGGCUUCCUCGAAUCAAAACUCGGCAAAGGUGGCUACGAUGUGGUGACAGAACACGAUCUUCACAUCCGAGGCCUCGAUGCCGUGAAAUCCUAUGACAUUCUGAUCACCGGUUCUCAUCCGGAGUACCCGAGCCUGAACGAACUCGAUGCUUACGUCUCCUUUGUCGCUCAAGGAGGGUACGUGAUGUACUUGGGAGGGAACGGGUUCUACUGGUGCUCCGAGACAGACCCCAACAGACCACAUCGCAUGGAGGUACGUAAGGGCGAUCAGGGCUGUCGAUCCGUAACAUUGCCAGCAGGAGAACGCAUCCAUUCACUCUCUGGAGCGCAAGGUGGACUAUGGAGAUCCAGAGGCCGAGCACCGCAAACCCUCUUCGGUGUAGGUGCUGAUGCGUGUGGGUCUGGCCCGGGCGUACCUUACCGCUUCGAAAAAAGUAUCAUGCGCGAUUCAAAGUUCUCUUGGCUAUUCGAUGGUCUUGAAUCAAAAGCCGACGAACUUCUCAUCGGUAGACAAGGCUUCGGAGGCGGGGCUUCCGGCGACGAAAUCGAUCGUCUGGAUUACGAUCUGGGAACUCCUGAGAAUGCAGUCCUCCUCGCCACGAGUACUGGACAUGACGAGACUUUUUGUCUUUUCAAUGAAGAGGUCAUGUUCCCUCUGGUCAAUACGCUGGGCCCGCAAACUGAUCGCGUCAGGUCUGAUAUGGUGAUAUAUGAGACCAAUGCGGGUGGAGCAGUGUUCAGUGUGGGAAGCAUCAAUUGGUACUGCUCGUUGGGCUGGAAUGCGUAUCAGAAUGAUAUUGCCAUGGUCACUUGGAAUGUGUUGAAGGAGUUUUUGAGGAGAGGAAGAACGGGGAAGGAUGCCAAAUUGUAGCUGUGGCCCACAGACUGGACGCCGCAAUGGAAUGGAAAACUAUCACACCCUCCGCCAUUUCCAGAAGUCGAGCAUAAUCCGCUGUCGGCCUGCCUUUCGAGCCGGUUCAGCCCACGUUUCAUCGUUCUCGGCUGCCACUGCAUCAACCAUAUCUGCACACUCGCCCUUCAACUUCGCAAUCGCAUCCACUUCUCCAAUCUUCCACCCCCUCAGAAACACCAAGCACACGGCCGCAGCAAUGUACAUGAAAGCAA